AUGAAGACCGUCGCUAUUCUCGCAGGUAUCACUGCGCUGGCAAACGCCCACGCCACAUGGCAACAACUCUGGAAGAACGGAGAAGAUCUUGAGAGCACUUGUGCCAGGCUUCCUCCCUCCAACAGCCCCAUCGAGGACUACACAUCUACAGCUCUGCAAUGCAACGUUAACCCAGCUGCCGCCUCUGGCAAGUGCGGCUUUGAGGCUGGUGACACCGUCACAAUCGAGAUGCACCAGCACAACACCCGUCUUUGCACCGAGGAGGGUAUCGGUGGUGCUCACUGGGGCCCCGUCUUGGCCUACAUGUCCAAGGUCGAGGACGCCGCGACCGCUGAUGGAUCAUCGGAGUUCUUCAAGGUCUACGAGAACACAUGGAAGAAGGCAGAGGGCUCUACCCAAGGUGACAAGGACUACUGGGGCACCAAGGACCUCAACUACAACUGCGGAAAGCUGGACUUCACCAUCCCCGAAGACAUUGCCCCCGGUGACUAUCUUCUUCGCGCCGAGGCUAUUGCUCUCCACGCUGCCUCUGCCUCCGGUGGUGCCCAGCACUACGUCACUUGCUACCAGAUCACUGUCAAGGGCGAUGGAACUGCUACCCCGACUGGUGUCAAGUUUCCUGAGGCUUACUCCAAGACUGGCCCUGGCCUCGGUUUCUCCAUUUACGCCCCUCUGAGCGAGUACCCUGCUCCUGGCCCUGCCCUCUACGCUCGCGGUACCAAGGUCGACCCUCAGCUCCUGACCUUUGGCGAGAUCUCUGGUGUUCCUAAGGCUACCGGCGGUGCUUCCGCCCCAGCUGCCACCUCUGCUGCCGCCACCUCUACUGCUCCCGCUUCGUCUGCUGCUGCUGAGACUCCUGCUGUCUCUUCAGCUGCUGCUUCCAAGCCUGCCGCCACCUCCGCCGCUGCUUCGUCUGCUGCCCCUUCGUCUGCUGCCCCUUCAUCUGCUGCUGAGGCGGAGCCCUCUGAGGCUGCUACUUCUGCCGCCGCUUCAUCGGUCGUUGCUUCUGCCCCUGCUACCUCGUCGACUGCUGCCCCCGAGACUGGCGAUAAGAAGUAUGACGUCGGCUCCUUCUCCACCUACCUCGAGGCCCAGCCCGGUAGCGAUGCCGAGUUCACCAUCGAGGAGUUCAUUGCUUGGUUGGAGAAGGUUGAGAGCGGCUCGAACACUGCGGAGCCCACUGCUGCUGCUUCCCCUUCCGCCGUCGCUGAGCCCACUACCACCGCCAUUGUCUCCCAAGCACCCGUCCAGUCUUCCGCUGCGGCUCCCUCUUCCAAGAAGCCUGCCGCUUCUCCUUCCACCCUCGCCACCUCUGUCCGCCCUGCACCUACCUCUGACUCUGAGUCUGGUGAGGUCAAGGCGUACGGCCGCUGCGGUGGCCAGGGCUACACUGGCAGCACAACUUGUGCAUCUGGCCUGACCUGCAAGGUCCAAAACACUUUCUACUCUCAGUGCGUCCAGUCUGAGGGUGGCAACGACGCUCAGCCCAGCGCUGCUAAGCCUACUGCUGCUGUUCCCUCCAAGACUGCUGCUGCUUCUUCUACGGCUGCUGCUUCUUCUGCGGCUGCCGCUGCCGUUUCCAAGGCGGCUGUGCCCACCGCUGCCCCUUCAGCAUCCGCGACUCCCGCCGCCCACAAGCUUUGGACUAUCGAGGAGCUCAUCUCGUUCCUCGAGGAGGCUGCUGAGUAA